AUGUCCACGUUCGACCCUCACAAUGUCGAUCUCGACACCCUCGACCCAGCCCAGAUUGUCUGCUACCUCAACAGCGAAGGCAACGAGUACAACGGCCACCUGGGUGCGCGCAUCUCCGCCAUCUUCGUCAUUCUCAUCGCCUCAUCCGCAGCAACUUUCUUCCCUGUUCUCGCCAAGCGAGCACCUCGUCUUCGAGUUCCCAUCUACAUCUACCUCUUCGCCAAAUACUUUGGCGCCGGCGUCAUCAUUGCCACAGCCUUCAUCCACCUGCUCGAUCCAGCAUACGAUGAAAUCGGUCCAAGUUCCUGCGUGGGGAUGACCGGCCACUGGGCAGAUUACUCCUGGUGCCCGGCCAUCGUCCUCACCUCACUCAUGCUAGUCUUCUUGCUCGACUUUGGGGCCGAGCGCUACGUCGAGAAGAAAUAUGGUCUUUGCCGAGACGAUCCCGAGUCCAUCGUCGCUACGGGGGGCCAGGGACACGUCCACACGCACUUGGACGCAUCGGAAUCGCAGGGACCCGCCUCGCUGGAGUCAAAGGGCAAGCACAGCGACGAGAUUGAAUCCCAAUCACUCGAUGAGAGUUUCAUCGAACGAUCCUUCCGUCAGCAGAUUGCCGCAUUUCUCAUUCUAGAGUUCGGCGUCAUCUUUCACUCGGUGAUUAUCGGUUUGAAUCUGGGGGUUGCGGGAGACGAAUUUGCCACCCUCUACCCGGUCCUGGUUUUCCAUCAAUCAUUCGAGGGGCUUGGUAUCGGUGCCCGAAUGAGCUCGAUUCCCUUCCGGAAAGAGAGCUGGCUCCCCUGGAUGCUGUGCGCGGCGUACGGAUUGACAACUCCCAUUGCGAUUGCGAUUGGGUUGGGUCUGCGCACGACGUAUAAUCCGGGCUCGUUCACGGCGAAUGUGGUCUCGGGGGUGUUGGAUGCGAUUUCGGCGGGAAUUCUGAUCUAUACGGGUUUGGUUGAGUUGUUGGCGAAGGAUUUCUUGUUUGAUCCUCACCGGACCAAGGAUGAUAAGAGAUUGACUUUUAUGGUGGUGUGUCUGUUAUUGGGAGCGGGCAUCAUGGCCUUGUUGGGUAAGUGGGCGUAG